CACGGCAACACGUCCUACCACCCCUGUGAACACACCAGCGCCGCCCUGACGUUGUGCAGUGACCGAAGUGGGAACGAACGUUGUGAUUUGUUUUGUGUGACAUAGAGUGCAACUUGUGAACGCGACAGAAAAUUGUGUUUCAGUGAUGAGGUUGUUCGCUACGUUAUGAAUGGUCUGGAUCGGUGCUUCUUCGAUCAACGUGAGUCGCAACAGAAUGGGGAUGACUGCAGUUAUAGUUAUAUAAGCCUGGGCCGGCUGCACCCGUACGGCUCGGGCAGCAGCGGAUCUAGCGGCAGCGGGCGGCGGCGUGCGCGCAGUCGCGGAUUAUCCGACUCGCCCACCGCGCCCACUACGCCCACGUCGGCCUCCGACAACGCGUCCGACGCGACGCUCACCGACUCUGAGCUGCCGCUGGCCAGGGACUCUACUCUUCUCGUCCAGAACGGCAUGCUGAGAUCUACCUACGACCGGUCAGACCACGAACGUUGUCUGCUGGAAGGCUCGCGGCCCCCGCCUGAUGUGCCUCCGCGCAACCCGACCAUGUCUCGCCUGAACGGGCGUAUCACCGGCAAUCCAGCCGACCUCGCCGACUUCGAACCUUCGUGUCUAGUGCGCACGCCUUCCGGCAACUUCUAUGUGCCUUCAGGGGACAUCCAGAAGAACCCGUCUAUGGACUACAAGUCGAAUUCGUCGUGUAGUAGUCCAGGCAAACAGGACAAGAGCACCCUUGAAAGGAUGGACAGGAGUGAGCGGUCGCACCCUGCGUUUGGCGCGCCGGUCCCAGUACUCCCAGUCCGUAACAAUCUGCGGGCCACGCACUUCCCUUCCAAUGCGUCUCGGUUCCACUUCAGAAAAGACCUCUCCUCUAGAUGUUCGUGGAAAUGUACUGCAAUAGUGUUUAUAAUACUCUUCGUACUUCUCUUAGCCAUCGCUUCUUAUAUAUCAGCUUCAUAUUUCGUCAACUGGUCAUAUCAGAACGCAAAAUCGUGUAAUGUAGUGGUUGGCGAAUCAACGGAGACAUUCCCAGCGUCUAAAGCGACGACGCUGGAGUCAGCAAACAGAUCUUUAGUCAGCAGACCGCACCAAAACUCGCCGUCUUCCGGCACAGGUAAAGUCGACCACCCACGCCGUCGUAGAAGCGUAGAUGGGCAUGCUUCUAUACCACCUUCUGUUUCUAUGGACUCUUCCACUGUAGAUAUGCAUGAACUAAUCACCACGCCUCCUGUGGACACUGUUAGCUUAGUGCAUGGUGUGGUGUCGGCUUCGGGGCCUGAAACUACGGACGACGAAGGUAAAGCUUCAAGCGGUGUUGAUAAUCCAACGGCUAAUAUUGGUGACCUAACAAAUAAUGAGCUUGACGCAACGUUUAGUGAACCCGAUGGAAAAGAAACAACUGACUCUGUUCUAAUCGUUUCUGCAAAAACUGAGGAAAUUCCGAUUGUAAACACUACUGAAAUUUCAAAUGUAAAUAACCACAGUGACCUGGGAGCAAAUAAUACAAUUAAACCUAAAGAAAAUAUAACUGAAAAACCUAGUGUCAAUCAUCCUCCUGAAAUCAUACCUACUGAAACGACAGAAAAACAAAAACCACAAAACAAUAAAGACGACAUUGCCUACGAUCCCGAUUCCAUGCAAGGAGAUUCGUUUCCAUCGAUUUAUGCAUAUGGCGUUCAAAAACUUCAAUAUCUAAAAUUACUAACCAGGCUUAACCAAGUCAGUGAAGAACUACACAUUAGCUCCAAUGAGUCUAUUGAGACGGAUGACGAAAUCGACAAGUUGCACUACGACAACGAUAAAACAGUCAAAAAAGUUGAAACUACCACCUUACCCAAAAUAACUACUAAUGUACCAAUUACUAAGACAGAAACUACUGAAACAAGUAAACCUACCACAGAAGAGACUAUCAUUGUCACGACACAUAAUCCUCCUCCAGCACCGAUUGAGCAUGUCGUGACUACACCACCGAGUGAUACUAACUCUAACCCUGUUGUAAAUAUGUCUACUACCACAGAGGAAAACAUUCCUACUGAAGAUGCUACUGUAACGUCUGCCGCUGAUUCCAAAACCUCGGAUUUAGCCGUUAACGCUAAACACGUAAUGAUUAAUCUGACAAUCUCCGCGGAUGGUUCUCAGAAUUCUGAUUACAAACCACUUUAUUCCUUAACAGUGAGAGUUCCAACUGACGGCGACACAAAUGAAAUUCCAACUGUGAAAAUAACACCAAUGGAUAUCGAACCUACACAGCCUACGAAUUUCAAUAAGCCUAUGACUAUAGAAGGUGUUACUAAAAUAAGUAAACCAGUAAACACUGAAGCCGAUUGGGGAGGAAGUUGUGAAUGUUCGUGCCCUGUAUGCGACGGAAACAAUUCUCCAGAUGACUUUUAUGAUGAUGAGUAUGGAAGUACAACCGUGCAAACAGAAACAGACAAAGCCACUGGUAGAGUAGAAAACGUUACAGAAGUGACCUCUACUUCCAGUGACCUUUAUAGCACAACAGAGUUAGUAACGGAAACUGAAAACUUUGAAACAAUUGCUACAGCAACUUGGAGUGACCUAACCGAAACAACAAGUGAUUUCACAACAGAAUCAGAUGCAACAACUGAUGGUUUAUCUACAACUGAAGUCCCAAAGUGCGUAUGUCCUAAGGUUAAGCCUCCACCCAUUCUCAUUCUGGAAGGUGCGCGAACAUUCCCCGCGCAAACGUUCCCACCUGAUGGAACGACGUUCAAAGAAAUUAAUUUAGGUGAAAAAAUAUCAAAUGAAAUCCCUCCAUAUAGUUACUGGAACGUGCAGUUCUAUCGUUCAGAAGCCUCUUACGUGAGGUUCGACUACAUGAUCCCGAGAGGAGCAUCGAUAGGGGUCUACGCAAGGAGGAACGCUCUUCCGACGGUGACGCAAUACCACUUCUUGGAGGUUCUGAGCGGAUUCAAAGCGCGGACGACGAGGGCAUCACAUCCAUCGGUGAAGAAAGAAAUAACACACUACAUGGAACAAGGCCACUGGUUCCUUUCCUUGUACAACGAUAACGGCGAUCCCCAGGAAGUCUCAUUUGUUGCUAUUGUAGCUGAAGACAUGACCCAUAACUGCCCCAACGGUUGCUCUGGUAAAGGAGAGUGUUUGAUGGGACAUUGUCAGUGCCAACCUGGAUUUGGAGGCGAGGAUUGCAGUGAAAGUGUAUGUCCAGUCCUAUGCAGUCAACGAGGCGAGUACAUCAACGGAGAAUGUCAAUGCAAUCCAGGCUGGAAAGGCAAGGAAUGUUCGUUACGCCACGACGAAUGUGAAGUCCCAGACUGCAACGGUCAUGGUCAUUGCGUCAAUGGGAAAUGCUCUUGCGUCCGAGGAUACAAGGGCAAAUUCUGCGGUGAAGUCGACUGCCCUCAUCCUACCUGCUCCGGUCAUGGCUUCUGUAUCGAAGGUUCCUGCAUCUGCAAGAAGGGCUGGAAGGGUCUGGACUGCGCUACCAUGGAUAAGGAUGCUCUACAAUGUUUGCCAGAUUGCUCCGGACACGGCACUUUCGAUGUGGACACGCAGACAUGCACUUGUCACGCCAAGUGGUCUGGAGAAGAUUGCUCCAAGGAGGUAUGCGACCUAGACUGUGGUCCCCAUGGACGAUGCGUUGGCGAGUCUUGUGUCUGCGAUCCCGGAUGGACUGGCGAAUUCUGCACUUCAAAACUCUGCGACGCAAGAUGUAGCGAUCACGGCCAAUGCAAGAAUGGAACAUGUCUCUGCGUUUCUGGUUGGAAUGGAAGACAUUGCACUUUAGAAGGUUGUCCACGAGGUUGCGCUGGUCACGGACAAUGCAGAGUGGCUAAUGAUGGACACUGGGAGUGCAAGUGCUUCGAUGGUUGGGACGGUCCUGACUGUACCACUUUGAAGGAACAAAUAUGCGAUGACGCUAAAGACAACGACAAGGAUGGCCUAGUUGAUUGCGAGGAUCCAGAAUGUUGUCAGAGCGCCGCCUGUAAGGGCAGCCAGUUGUGCGUAUCCUCACCGAAGCCGACAGACAUCCUCCUACGCAAGCAACCUCCGGCCAUCACUGCCUCCUUCUUCGAGAGGAUGAAGUUCCUCAUCGAUGAAGGUAGUCUCCAGAACUACGCUAAACAGGAAACAUUCAACGAAAGUCGGUCUGCGGUUAUCCGAGGUCGUGUUGUGACUUCCCUGGGCUCUGGGCUUGUUGGAGUUAGGGUGUCCACCUCCACUCCCCUGGAAGGGUUCACAUUGACCAGAGAAGACGGGUGGUUCGACCUUUUAGUCAACGGAGGAGGCGCAGUGACACUGCACUUUGGAAGAGCGCCGUUCAAACGAUCCUCGCAAGUUGUCUUCGUGCCUUGGAACGAGGUGGUGAUAAUCGACUCGGUAGUGAUGACAACCGCUGACGAGAAGGCUGGUAUGGGCCCUCCCCAGGCGUGUCUGGCUCACGACUAUGACGCCAUGAAACCAGUGGUGCUGGCCACAUGGAAGCAUGGGUUCCAGGGUGCUUGUCCUGAUAAGAGCGCGAUCUUGGCUGAGUCUCAGGUGGUUCAAGAAAGUCUUCAAAUCCCCGGCACUGGGCUCAACCUGGUCUAUCACAGUUCUCGUGCUGCCGGCUACCUGUCCACCAUACAGCUCCAACUAACUCCUGAGAAAGUCCCACCGACUUUAGCGCUCAUCCAUUUGCGAAUUACAAUCGAAGGCAUCUUGUUUGAGAAGACAUUUGAAGCAGACCCUGUCAUCAAGUUCACAUAUCCUUGGAACAGACUGAAUGUCUACAGACAACGAGUGUAUGGAGUCACAACAGCUCUUGUGAAAGUUGGAUAUCAGUACACGGAUUGUAAAGAUAUCAUCUGGAACGUACAAACGACGAAGCUGAGUGGUCAUGACAUGAGCAUCUCCGAUGUUGGUGGAUGGAAUUUGGAUAUCCAUCACAGAUACAACUUCCAUGAAGGAAUCCUACAAAAAGGCGACGGGACAAACAUUUAUUUAAAACAUAAGCCUCGUUUGAUAAUCACGACUAUGGGAGAUGGUCGUCAACGUGCUUUGGAAUGCGGCAAUGAAUGUUCCGGAUCGGCGAGCAAGCAAAGACUACUGGCACCUGUGGCAUUAGCUGCAGCGCCAGAUGGCUCUAUCUUUGUUGGAGACUUCAACCUCGUUAGGAAGAUUAGCACCGAUGGAACUGUACGCACUGUGGUCAAAUUGAAUGCCACUCGAGUGUCCUACCGCUAUCACAUGGCUCUGUCACCACUUGAUGGCACCCUCUACAUCUCCGACCCUGAAUCGCAUCAAAUCAUCAAAGUCCGCAACACUGACGACUACAGCGACCCAGAACACAACUGGGAAACAGUCGUUGGUUCUGGCGAGAGAUGUCUUCCUGGAGAUGAAGCGCAUUGUGGCGAUGGAGCACUAGCCAGAGACGCUAAACUCGCCUACCCGAAAGGUGUGGCAGUGUCCAUCGACAACAUCUUGUACUUCGCUGACGGCACCAACAUCCGCAUGGUUGAUCGUGACGGCAUAAUCACAACGGUUAUCGGAAACCAUAUGCACAGGGCGCACUGGAAACCAAUCCCUUGUGAAGGAACACUCAGCGUUGAAGAAGUGCACUUGAGAUGGCCAACAGAACUCGCCAUUAAUCCUUUGGACAACAGCUUGCAUAUCAUCGAUGAUCAUAUGAUUCUUCAAAUGGCUCCCGAUGGCAGAGUAAAAGUCAUAGCUGGUAGGCCAUUGCAUUGUCCAUCGCCAUUAACUGGCAUUGAUAUGGAACUUGCGACCUAUGCUACAUUGGUUAUGCCACAAAGCAUAGCCUUUGGUGCUGCUGGAGAUUUGUACGUCGCUGAGAGUGAUUCUCAAAGAAUCAACAGAGUUCGUCUCAUCACAACUGACGGAAAAAUAUCCCUAUAUGCUGGCGCUGAGUCGAAAUGCAACUGCUUAGAGAGAGGCUGUGAUUGCUUCGAAGCUGACCACUUCUUGGCGUCUAACUCGAAAUUCAAUACCAUCUCAGCUGUGAUCGUAAGUCCAGACGGGAUAGUCCAUAUCGCUGACCAAGCCAACUACAGAGUACGUUCGGUAAUGGCCAGCAUUCCUGACGCAAGCGGAACACGAGAGUAUGAGAUUUAUUCGCCAGAUACCCAAGAGAUUUACAUCUUCAACAGAUUCGGACAACACGUCAUGACAAAGAACAUUCUGACUGGCGAAAACAACUACGUUUUCACGUAUACCGUCAAUACCAGCAAUGGAAAGCUUAGCACUGUCACCGAUGCAGCUGGCAACAAAGUCUUCUUACUUCGAGAUUACUCCAGUAUGGUCAAUUCCAUAGAAAACACCAAAGGUCAAAAGUGCAGACUAAAGAUGUCCAGAAUGAAAAUGUUACAAGAACUUAGAACACCAGACAAUUUUAACAUGACUUUUGACUAUCACGGCACAACCGGUCUUUUGAAGGCCAAAUACGAUAGCACAGGUAGAAGCUACAUCUAUAAAUAUGACGAAUUUGGAAGACUUACAUCAGCCGUGACACCAACUGGCAGAAUCAUCAACUUGACAUUCGACCUUAGUCUCAAAGGCGCUACUGUGUUAGUAACCGAAAAUAACAGGAAGCCCAUAUCAAUCUUAAUAAAGGGUUCUUCAGUUAAUACUAAAAUUGGUGAAGCUGAGAAGAAGACGAUCAUAUCAACAGACGGAAGUAUUUCUUCAAGCAUGCCUUGGGGUCAUAUAAUAUCUACCGACACCGUUCCCUACACAAUUCUGUCAGAAAUCGACCCGAUUCUUGGAGAAAGCUACCCGGUGCCAGCCAAGCAAAGAGUUGAAGUAGGCGGCGAUCUAGCGAAUCGAUUUGAAUGGCGAUACUUCUUACGACGCUUACAAUCUAACAAAGGAAAGUCCAGUAAGGCUGUUGCCCAGAUCGGUCGUAAACUUCGAGUUAAUGGUGAAAACCUCCUCACACUUGAAUACGAUAGAGAUUCGUCUACUGUUGCUGUGUUUAUGGACGAUAAAGUCGAACUUCUAAACGUGACAUACGAUAGAACAGCUAGACCUGUAAAAUGGGGCCCGAGAAACGACAUCUUUGCUGAAGUGGAACUGGAAUAUGACAGAUUUAACAGACUAACGAAAUGGAGUUGGGGAGAUCUCAACGAAACCUACGGAUUCGAUAGAGCUGGAAGGUUACAUGAAAUCAGAUACGGCGAUGGCUCGUCUUUGGCGUACUCAUUCAGAGAUAUGUUUACAAGUCUGCCAUUGAAGGUUACUACACCGAGAGGCAGCGACUAUCUACUCGAUUAUGAUGACUCUGGCGCACUUCAAAACUUAACAACUCCACGAGGCCACAUUCACACGUUUGCCCUAAUGACGUCGUUAGGUUACUUCAAAUAUCAAUACUUCUCACCAAUGAACCGACAUCCAUAUGAAAUACUUUACAACGAUGAUGGCCAUAUCCUGGCAAAGAUAUUCCCUCACCAGUCCGGUAAAAUCCUUUACGCUUACGAUAGCACUGGCAAACUAGAAAAUAUUUUAGCUGGCGCCUCAUCAAUACGCUACGUGUAUCACGAAAACUCGCAUUUGGUAAAGAACGUUGAGAUCACCGACCUAGACUAUGAACUAAAACAGGAUUUCAAAUACCACGCCGGUAUUCUUAAGGAUUCAAAGAUGAAGUUCAAUUCUAAGAGCGGUUUAAACAACGGUCAUUUCAAAUACCAAUACGAUGGCAACGCUCGGCUCUCGACAAUUGACGUAAAUAUCAACAGCAAGGAAAUGCCGCAACUGAGACUCAAAUACAACCAAAAUCUCGGAAGUCUCGAGGCAGUUAGCGAUCUGAGAAUCUAUAGAAAUACUUUCAAUCGUUCCGUCAUGCAAGACACCAGCAAGCAAUACUUCACAAUCACUGACUACGAUGACCACGGCAGAAUUAAGACGGUUCUUAUGAAUAUCAAAUCUUUCGACGUCUUCCGUUUAGAACUGGAAUACGACGUAAGAAAUCGAAUCAAAACCAAAAAGAUGAUGAUUGGAGAUACGUCUUCAAAUGAACGAAUCAGCUACAACUAUGAUGGUCAUCUCAUGGAAGUCGUUGGGUCUGAAGAUGACUGGAAAUAUGUAUACGAUGAAAAUGGCAAUGUGAUUGGUGUGAUUGAGCGUGGUGAAAAGCGAUACCUUGGCUACGACAUUGGGGAUAGAGUUGUUCAGUACGGUGAUAUCGAAUUCAGCAGCUACGAUGGACGCGGCUUCGUCAUCAGACGCGGCGAACAAAAAUACAGAUACAACUCCAGAGGCCAGUUCGUGCAUGCCUUUGAAAGAGAGAAGUUCCAAAUGUGGUAUUAUUACGAUGACAGGAACCGACUCGUCGCAUGGAAAGAUGAUAAGAACAACGUUACUCAGUUCUUCUACGCUAAUCCCCAGACUCCAAACUUGAUCACACACAUGCAUUAUCCGAAGGCAGAAAAGACCGUUCGUUUCCUCUAUGACCAGCGAGACUUCCUUACCUGCAUUGAGACUGAGGACCAACGCUUUUAUGUUGCGACAGACCACAACGGCUCACCGCUGGUAGUGUUCGAUGUCAACGGCGAGAUUAUAAAAGAAAUCAAGCGUAGUCCAUUCGGCAAGAUCAUCAAAGACAGCAAUCCUGGUUUCUACGUCCCUGUAGACUUCCACGGAGGCAUAUUUGACUACAAUACUAAUUUGAUCUAUUUGGAGAACCGUCUGUACGAUCCUGUGGUAGGACAAUGGAUGACACCGAGCUGGGAACACUUGGCGACGAAAUUAAGUCUACCAACAGACAUUUUCAUCUACAGAUUCAAGAACAACGACCCGAUUAAUAAGAACCAGAACGUUCCCUAUAUGACCAACUUGGGCAGUUGGCUGCAACUGUACGGGUAUGACUUGAAUAAGAUGAUGGGAUCCAAGUACAUCUCCGACAUGAUAUUCUCACCGAUGACGUCAGUAACUGCUCCUCAGCUGGCCCCUGAUUUCGGUGUGAUGUCUGGUCUCCAAUGCAUCAUUGAGAAGGUAAACGAUAAGCUAUCUGACAUGGACUUCGUCCCGACACCUCUUCUGAAAAUGGAGCCGAUCACCAGAAACCUUCUCCCAAGAGUGUCUUACAAACGUGGGGUAUUUGGCGAAGGGGUUCUAAUCUCUAGAGUGGACGGCAAAGCCUUCAUAAGCGUUGCCGAUGGAGCCAACAGCGUUGUAGAGGAUGUCAUAACAACAGUCUUCAAUAACUCCUACUUCCUCGAUGUGCACUUCAGCAUUCAUGAUCAAGAUGUCUUCUAUUUCGUGAAAGAUAAUACGCUGAAGAUCAGAGAUGAUAUGGAAGAACUGAGGAGGCUUUCUGGCAAAUUCAACGUAUCACAAGACGAGACUAACGACCAAGGAUUAGAGGUCCGGGUACAUGCAGUCGGUAAAGGUUCUGCACAAGCAGUAAUCGUUCUUCGAUACGGUGUUGAUCCAGCUCAAGAAAGGAUUAAGCUUUUGAAACAUGCCCACAAGAGAGCCGCCGCCAGAGCAUGGGAAAGGGAAAAGGCUCUAGUAGCCGCCGGCUGGGAGGGCAGAGGAACGUGGACUGAGGAAGAGAAAGAAGAACUUAUAUCUCACGGGAUAGUGGACGGCUGGGCGGCAAAGGAUGUCCACUCCCUGUCCAAGUACCCGCAGCUGGCGGACGACCCAGCCAACAUCAUGUUCGUGCGCGACGGCAGGCGGAAACGGAGAAAGAGCGGGCGCGCGCGCCACCGCUCGUGACUUCACUAACGUGCCAUAACCGCCAUGUUCCCAACACCCGUCGACAAAAUGGCGGACGUUCGGAAUCUCGGUAGGGUUUUAGUUGAUACAAUUUAUAGGACUGGAGUGUUAUGAUGGCAUUGUAUGGUCGAUCUUGUGAUUGGAUGUGUAUUUGAAAAGCGGACUGACGGUUUUCUAAGGAAAGGAAAUGGAUAGGAUAAGAAUGGAAGGAACGGACAAACUUUGUUAUGUUAAGCCAUAGUGACUCUUUUUUUUCGUACUUAGCUGUAACCAACAAUCCCUGUUUAAGCUUUUUUACUUAUCUCUCAUUGGACUGAAGAAUCUCUUCAAAUAUACCUAUAUACUAACUCAACAGGGUACCGAGUCAUAAAUAAAAUGAAAUUUAAUAAUACUAUUAACUGAGCAUAAUAUGAAACCAAAAAUACUCAAUGCGAUCACAAUUAUUUUAUAAAUCUUUGAUAUUAUUUUUACAAUAUUACCUAUUUUAAAUCAUUUAUAUCAUAUUAACAACACCUAGAAUAUUUUCACAAGCCCAUGUAUUCCUAUCACAUAUUUUAGCCAAAUAUUUCGUUCUAUCCAUACCUUUAGGUAUUUGUAAAUAAUAUUUUAUUCUUGUAGUUGUUCCUUUUAAUGUUAGGCCUAAGGUCUUUUUUUACUUCGCAAUACUAUUACUAUCUAAGCAAUAAUUUUAUAUUUUUUUAUAUCCUAGCGCGUUUCUCUUCAAAUUGAAUGACCCCAAGGAUUUAGUAGCAAGCCUGGAACCUUGUCGCAUUAAAUUUGCGGAUAUCAUUUUAGUCCACAGCAUAAUUUCCAUAAGCCGUACGUAUUAUUUCGGAGCAACAGAGUUCUAAGUAGAUUCAGGUGAAUAUCCCAUAGCGUAGCAAGGCUUCAAAUUAAAAAUGCAAAUAAAGUAGCUCCUACAUGUUGGAAAGUCAGUUUAGUUGGAAGUUUUGAAAUUCCCUGAAAUACCCACAGAUUGUUCUAAAUUCUUACGUAUUCGUAACUGAUGUUUAGAUAAUAGAUAAAAAUAAAUUUAGAAAUGCAAGCCCACAGAUAAUUGAAACUUGGAAACGUGACCAUAUAACACAGACUGUUGACAGCUGCAUUCCAACAUUGGGUUCAUUAACAUUCACGCGAGCACCAUAUGGCCAGAGGUCAUCAAUUGGUACAAAAUAUACUGCUUACUUGAACUGCGGCUACGGUCAGCUCGUGUAUACAGUAAACGAUAAUACGUACAUCUGCAUGUGUUGUGCAAUAAUCAAGGAGUAGUUUACAUAAUCGUCUAGGGCCCUUCUUGCUGGCUUACAAAGCGUGUUUCCUUAGAGACUGAAUUAUUUUUACUUUAUCAAUGAGGGAUUUUCCAAUCGACGUUCCCCAAACACACGAUAGAUGGCGUUGUUCACGUUUAAUGUGAUAAUUACCUACUUUCUCAUUGCCAGGGUACAUAAUUAUACAAAAAUGUAAUGUAAUGGCAGAAACAGCAAGGCAAGUGUUAUCAAUGAAAUUAGAAGUUUAAACGAAGAAAAACUUUAACAACGCCAUCUAUCGUGUUUUGGGGAACGCCGAUUGGAAGUUCCCUCAUUACAUUUAAAUGCGUAAAGUCCACCUACAAAUACACCGAACAAUUUGAAAUCAAGGAUUUUACGCAAUCAAAUGUUAAAAUUACGUGAUUUGUGAGCGUUUCCAAAAGUAAGUCAGCUGGAAGAAAAAAAUGUAAUUAAAUAAAAUUGUAGAUUUAUAGUAUAUGUCCAUAAAUGUGUCUCAUUUAAAUUGUGGUGUCUACUCCGUGUUAGAAGUACUAAUUUAAUGCUAGUUGACUGAGUGGAUGGUGAUAUGAUUCGGAUAUUUUUUACAAAAAGAUGCUAGUAUCGGGUACGUUGCCCCGCGGGCUAGCGGUCGGGGCCCUUUGUGGUGAUAUUUUUGCAAAAUGUGACUAAACGAAGCAAUACAUUGUAAUGUAAUACGUCUUAUCCUUUAUUUAGUAUACUAUAAGGUGUAUUUUUAUUUAAAAUAAUAUAUUAUUCUAUUGUGAAUGUAGUUAUUCAUUUCGCGGUGAUAUUUACUAGAGCAGUAUAGUUAUCUUUUUUAUAAUGUAUAAAGAAUUCUAAUUUGUAAAUAGGUACUUAAAGUUGAGGAAUGUAAUCUGUAAAAAUAUUGUACAUAUCUUUACGCUUGAAUUAUUUAUAAACCGGUAAGAUUAUAGAGUACGACAAUGUAAUAUACGACACGAGAGUGGCAGGUGUUGCCAACCCCUUGAACGUGUUAGUGAUGCGAACUGUAGUGCUGGUAAUGUAACUCAUUACACCAGCACUCCAGUCUGCUACAACGUAGCCCAGGCCGAUAACACGACCAAAUUGAAUCGUCACACUCUCCAACGCCAAUAAACCGCGCACGAGACCUUUUGAUUUGGUCGUAAUCGAGUCCACACCGCAUAGCUCGCCAUAGAGCCCUACCAUAGCUUCUAGAUUAUUUUAGAAGGCUUCACAGUCCACGGAAGGCAUUUCUUGUAGAACUCAAUUCCUCGAGCUGCAUUUAAUUUGUACUAUUGUAGAUACAACUUGUAGGCCUGGAUGGGUUUGCGUACAUUAGCAGAUUUUUACUUCGAAUCUCAUUUUAUUGCCUCUUUAUUUGAGGUUUUUAGUCGCAAAGACUUUUAAGCUAUUCUU